GGCGCGUGAAUUGCUCCUUUUGCAGCCUGGUUAGCGGUAAGAGGAGAUGUGAUAGGGAAACACUCGGAUUUCACCCCCCGUCGAGACAGUCUUCAUUACAGAGCCGCGCGCGUGCAGACCUACACCACCACCAUCAGAAAAGGUUUGGAGGAUGAGCAUGAUAACCCCCUCGGCUGCGAUUUAAAUAUCUGUGUGUGGUGGGGGCUGAUCUGUUCCUGCUCGGGAGGAGGUUCCUGCGCCGCGGGAACGUUUAACUGGAGGCGCGGAGUUUCUAUUAAAUCCCCACAGUGCAGUGCGGUGCAGCUCAGUGCGCGCGCCGGGAGCGUCGGAGGCGCGUCAGGUUCAAAACGUUUCCCUUACGCACGCACUGGGACGUGACUUGGCACUUUUGGACGCCUGUUAGUCAGUAGGAUAUUCCCGGGUGAUGGUUCUGAGCAUCUUUAGGAGCCAUCAGAGGAGAUACUGAUCGUUUCAGGAGACAGAAUGAGCACGGGCGCGUGAAGCGGGGAUGAAGCUGCACGAUUCCGAGACCUUCACAUCCACGGCUUCACUCUGACCGGAUUUUACCGUUUGGAUAAAAAAUAUUUGGUUGAAUUUUUUUUUUUUUUUUUUCACUCUCGGGACUAACUGGUGAUGUUUUCCUCACCGCGCGAGACUAUGAGGCUCGUCGUCACCCGCAGACUCUUUUUCUUGUUUUUAUUAUUCCAGGCUCCUCGGGUAAUCGCGUCCAUAAUUACAGGAACGGAGGCGAGCUGCGACAACGAAGGAGAGGUGUUACACAUCCCCAACAUCACCGACAACCCCUGCAUCUCCUGCGUCUGUCUGAACAAUAAAGCAGACUGCAAGCAGGAGAAAUGCCCCCUAGUGGCAGACGACUGCGCAUUGGUGGUGAAACAGACUGGAGCCUGCUGCGAAAGAUGCAAAGGCUGUCAGCUGGAAGGGAAGUCCUAUAACAGCUCGUAUUCAUGGACGACCCCGACCAAGCCGUGCAUCACACGCCGGUGUCAGGAAGGUGUAAUAACCGAAGCAGAAAUGCAGUGUGUGGUUCCCUGCAAGAACCCCAAAAUCCAUCCCAAGAAAUGCUGCCCUUCCUGCCCAGGCUGUAUUUUCGAGGGUCGCCUGUAUAAAGAGAGAGAGGAGUUUCACCCUGAGGGGAAGCCCUGCAUCAAAUGCAUGUGCACUGGAAGCCGAACGAUGUGCCAUAGGGAGGUGUGUCCUGUUCUGUCUUGCCCAUCCCAUCUGAGCCAUACUCCUCCAGGCCAGUGUUGUCCCAGAUGUCAGGGUCAGAGGAAGGUGUUUGACCUGUCCCUGGGCAGCUGCUUAUUCCACAGUGAGGUCUAUGAGAACGAUACAUCCUUCAGCUUGGAUAACUGUACGACAUGCACCUGUCUGGACUCCACAGUGGUGUGUAGGAAACGCUGUUCUCCAGCAGGAAGCUGCCAGAGUGGCCAGUGCUGCCCUGAGUGUCUCUCUUAUCUGAAGACGGAGGACAUCAAAUACUGCAGGGUCAAAAACAAGAUCUACAGGGAUGGGGAUCGCUGGUCGUCUGUGAACUGCACAUUAUGUACCUGUGUGAAGGGGAACAUUGAGUGUCGGCCUAAACACUGUGUGCCGGUCACCAGCUGCCCUGCGAAUAAGAUACUGAACCGGACUGGCUGCUGCCCUGUUUGCACUGAAAAGCCAGGUGUGUGCACUGUAUUUGGCGACCCUCAUUACAACACGUUCGACGGACGCACCUUUAACUUCCAGGGCACGUGUCAGUAUGUUCUGACCAAGGACUGCACAUCAGGGAGUGGCUUCACUGUGUUGGUGAAGAAUGACGCACGGAAAACACGCUCGUUCUCCUGGACCAAGUUCGUGGAGCUGCGUAUGCCGGGGAUGACCGUGAGUCUGCACCAACACUUAACAGUGCGGCAGAACGGCACACGCGUCGCCCUGCCGUUCCACAGCACAGGCGUCCACAUCGACCUUGACGGAUACCUGCUGAAACUCACCACCAUCGUAGGUUUGGAGAUCACAUGGGAUGGUGACAGUUUAGUGGAGGUGGUGGCUGCUCCUCACCUGAAGAAUCGACUCUGUGGCCUGUGCGGUAAUUACAACGGUCACAGACGGGACGACUCAGUGGGCAGUGAUGGCCAGUUCAAGUACGAUGUGGACGAGUUUGCAGAUUCGUGGCGUGUGGAUGGUAAUGAGGUGUGUGAGCAACCUCCCCGCAGGCCCACGCCGUUCCUCUGCCCUGGUUCGGUCAAGGUGAAGAUCCGUGCCCACCGCUCCUGCCACAAACUCAAAUCCUGGGAGUUCCAGAAGUGCCACUCUGUGGUCGACUUUGCCCCCUUCUAUAGGUCAUGUGUUACGGACAUGUGUGAGUGUCCGGUGCACAAGAACUGCUACUGCGAGUCCUUUAUCGCCUACAGCCGGGCGUGUGAGAGAGAGGGAGCGCCUGUGCUCUGGAGGCCUGAACAGUCUUGUAUGACCACGCAAUGCAAACACGGCGCUGUGUAUGACACCUGCGGCCCUGGCUGCUCCAAAACCUGUGACAACUGGAACGAGAUUGGCCCCUGCCACAGACCCUGCGUGGCCGGCUGCCACUGCCCGGCUAAUCUGGUGCUCAGCCAGGGCCACUGCAUUAAACCCAUGUCCUGCCCUGGCCGGUGACCCGAGUGACUCCGGUGACCCUGCAGACCACACUGCAUGCAGGCAAGAGGCCAAAGACACUGAAAAACCCUCACAGUGGGACUGGAUCAUUUAUGAGCCCAUGUUACUCUUCAUGCAUUGGGAUAACGGGACAGGAUAAGUGUGAGCCCUGACCUCCUUGCACAGACCGAGCCGCAGUCAGAGGACCUUGUUCCAUCCCGUUUACUGCAUGGACGUGAGCGUGAGCAGCUCGUGUUCAUGUUCAGUUUGGGACACGUUGAACGUCCAACUGCAGGAAAGACGCCAACUGGAUGCUCAAACGGAGACGUUAAAAAAGGACUUGUACAAAAUGCUAAUUUUAUUAACAUCGACUUAAAUGGAACUAUUUAUAUAUUUACUUGUUCAUUUAGCUGUGUUUAUUUUGUAUAUGCUGUGCCUGCAGAGGAGCACUAACAUGACUGUUAAAAGCUCACAGAGAAAAGUACUGUAUUGUUAAAAGCCCAUAACUUUGUGGCUGUGUACGACUGUGUGUGUGUGUGUGUGUGUGUGUGUGUAUGUAUGUAUGUGAUCUUUCUGUAAAUGUAACUUGCCUAAUAAGCAAUUAUUUAUAAAACACGUUGAGACCCACAUCCUCUGAAAGGAAUGAGCCGUCGUCUUUAUGUGUGUGUGGAGGAAGCGUGAAAAGCACCAGGGCCUGUGUUCAGGCUCAUCACAAGCUAAUAAGGAAGGACAAAAGACUGUUGGUUUGCCCCUAUGGUGGCAAAUCUGAAUUAAUGGCUUCCCUUAUUUAAAAUGUUUUUAAAAUAUUCAAACUGUGUGCCUGAUUAUCUUGAUGUUGUGAAUAAGCUGUUAAUGGAAUAAACAAUAAAAUAAUUAUUCAGUUUAAAAUGA